AUGUUGCCCCGACCAGAAGACGACAAGAAAGACUCUCACAACACCAACAACACUAGCAGCAACAACAAUGAAAACGGCACUCAAAACAAUGAGGAGAAAAGCGGCAGCGCAAAACCAAAGAACCCGGACAUUCAGAUCCCCAGCAUACACCCCAUAGAGCACGGAGAGUCGCUGGCGUCUCGCGCCGAGGGUUUGGUGGGCAAGUUUGUCGAUGAGUUUGGCAACAUCCUGGACUGGGAUGGGACGGUGCUGGGGUCGGUAGAGGGCGAUCUUCCGUCCAUGGUGGGACGGCCUGUGUCGGAGUCGGGGGAGAUUCUGGAUAGUGCGGGAGAGGUGGUGGGAUAUGUGUCUGAGAACCACACGAAGCCGACUCUAAGUGAUCUGGAAGGGGGGUUGAAGAUUGACGGGGACGGGAACAUCUACAACAAGAAAGGCGAAAUCGUUGGAAAGAUGAAUAAGCCGUCAACAGGGGAGAAACAGGGGGAGACAUCAGGACAGCAGAGUAAGGGCGAAGGAAAAGCUUCAAAUGAUGCGGGCAAGGCGAAUGCCUCAACAGGACCGAGCCCGUCGGAGGUGUACCUGGAUGUCAAGUCGACUCAUGAUGGCAUCCAGCUGAUCAUCAAGAUACCCACCGUGUUUAGAAGUUAA